AGUGCUCUUGUGCAGCCAAGACGGCCUGGCAGAACCUUUGUAUGCGGCAGCUCGAGAUGCCGCAAGAUGUUGAAGAUGGCUUCGGUGCUCGGCAAGGCUUUUUGUGCUGUGACAAUAUGAACGAGAAUGUCGCCUUACUCAACAGCAGGUUGAAGGAGAAGACGGUGAAGUACCAAAAUUCAAACAAGAUCGUUUUUGGCCACAUCAUGUUGGCCUUGAGCACGGCGACGAUCAUGGUGCUCUUUGGCCUACCCCUCUUCUCCUCGCAUAUUCGUCAUGCUGUCUUCGGCCAUGAUGCUUGCGCUGCAACGGCGAUUGGAUUGUACAUGAACAACGGCACGGAAGAGGAGCCGAACCUGAUAAAAAUCGAAUCAUUCAGUGAUGUUGAGGCGAGCAAGCUCUACAACUGCGGCCUCAUUCCCAGGACCUACAAAGCGUACUGGCCGAAUGUGUGUCAGUUCUGCUUCUUCAGCCUCCUCACCAACACGGGCAAAACAGUGCAGGCUACGCUUCAAGGCCUCAUUGGAACCUUUAUCGCCACCCUCAACGUUUGGGUCCUGUAUGAGAUUUGGCCCCAUGCCAGCCAAAUGGAGGAAUGCCCAAGUGCCCGGCUAGCGGCAGGUGACUGUGUGGCCGGUGAGAUGGUGUACAAGGACCCCAACUUCAUUCCUGCCGCAGCGUUUGCUGAAGCAAUCCUUUUUUCAAUGCUUUGGCUGGUCAGCAGUGCGCCCAAGAACAUGAUCAUGUUUAUGCUCUCUUACCACGUGGUGUUCAUGUCAAACUUCCUGAAUCCUUAUGCGCCGGAUUUGAGCGGGGAGUUGCCAAUGGGCUUUCUGGACCUCAAGUGGGAUUCGAACACCACCAUCGUGAACCUCACCUCCCUCUUGGGCGGCAUCUUGGCAAUCCUGGCAACGCUCGUCCCGAACCCGCUGCUCAACGCCAGGUCGUUGGUGGACAACUCGACCAUCGCUGUUCAGGGCCUCCACUCUGCUUGGAGCGAUGCCCUUGACUACUUCACUGGAACUGAGAAAGUGGCUAAAAGGUACCAGAUUGCCUCCAAGAUGGAUGCGAUCAAGGGAGCAUUGGAUCGUACCGAGGAGAGCAUUAACGGUGCCUGGUUUGAGCACUUUGAUUUGGGGCACUUCGGCGUUGCCCGUGAGCUCUUCCGCCUCUUCUGUCAGGUGGGGCACAAGAACCAGAAGCUGGUGCAGAUUUCCAAGGCAGCUUUGGUCCGCGAACAGUUUGAUGGGCGCCACAACCAAUUUGUGGACGGCAUCAAGCAGGAGCUGACCAUGCUCAAUGCGAGCGUGGCUAAGCUGUUCGGGUAUUGCGUAAAGUGCUGUGCUGAUGGCGCCAUCGACCAGCAGGAGCGAGAGCAGCUGAAGGACCUUGUGGCUGAGACGAAAGGCCGUGAGAAGGACUUGGCAAAGGCUUACAGGAACACAAUGAAGGCUGAGCACUUCGUCUCCGAGGACUUGGCCAAUGAGAACUGCUUCAUCUAUGGCUUCGCCGCCUACGUGCGCAGCAUUGUGGACUUUGCAGAAGGCCUGCCUGUUCUUGCUGAUGAGAAGAAGAAGAAUACCGUGGUCAGCUUCUUCAAGAGCAUGUGCUCCACGAUCGGUGACUUGUUCUCCCUGGACGUGAUGACCUCGUCGGAAAAUCUCAAGUUUGCCGUGGUGAACUUUCUGCCCGUCAUGUCGACCUUUGCCAUUGCUUACUUCGCUCAAGAUAGCUCACUCUUCGUGCCCCAUGCAGCGCUGAUGCCUUCCACCCUGGCGCUGAUUAUCACCUCCUCCUAUGGUUCCACCUUCAAGGGAAACAUUGACCGUCUCAUUGGCUUGGUUCUGGGUAACGUUCUUCCACUUCUCGUGCUGGCGAUAGUGUUCAUCUUUGAUUGCAGCUCGAUGACCCGCACCAUCCUACAGUCGGGUCUGGUGUGGCUGUACUUCUUCACCUUUUCCUACGUCUACUACUCCUCCAAGACGUGGAGCUUCGUGGGCUGUGCACUUUGUGGCUUUGGCGCUUAUCCAUUGAUGGUUUCCUGCAGCUCGGGCGGUGAGUUCCACUACAACAUGCGCAGUAAUUACCAGGUCAUCGCGCAAACCACGGUGGCUGUGCUGAUCCGCAUGCUGAUUGAGACUAUUCUUCUGGACAAGGCGCCUCGUGAUUUGGCUGUGGAUCAGCUGCAGGAAUUGCUGGACACGAUCAAGGAUGCGUAUGAAGAUUUCUUCGAUGGUGAUUAUGAAGAGAUGAAGAAGCAGCACGAGCAGGCAGGGAGCAUCAUGGCCAGUUGCGACAACUACCAUUCGGAGACUGCGCCGGCACUCGAAGUGGCACCGGGCCUGCGCUUGUCCUUCAAGCACAAGUUUUACGGUGACGUUCUGGCUCAGCUGAAGCUUGCCCUUGCCGAAAUGGGAGUCUUGGUCACAGGUGCAAGCACCUGGGCCUCUGAAAAGAUUCCUGAGGAGACGUCCACCAUUCGACAAGAUCUGGCAAAACAUGAGGGAGAGAAGCACCUGAUCCACGAUAAGGCCACGAAUUUGGCCUACGAGGAAGUGCACAGCAUCAUGAACCGGCACAGCAGCUUCUUGAAGAUGAAGGACGAUCUGCUUCAAACCUGCAACACUACGUUCGAGCUGGUCAUUGCGCUGCUGAAGCAGGACAAGGAGGAAGCCUUGGAGGAGGUGAAGGAGUCCUUCGCCAAGCUCAGCAAGUUGGGGGGCCUGCUGGAACUGGACGGAGUGCAUGAUUUCUACACAGAGGUCAACGAGGCCAUGGCAAGCCAACAAGAGGAUACUCAACCCAAAGACUCGGUGAUCCUGGACAUGCAAGCGCGUCUUACGGUCGUGGUGAACUCCUUGAAGAAUGCCACAGCUGCGCUUGGCGAGAUUGGAGUGCUUUGCCUCCGCGAGAACAUCUACUGAAGUUCUCUGCAUGACCUGCACUCUUGACUUGAACAUGCAUGCCCUGUAUCAUCCUGAGGCUAUCCAUGCCUUGGGGUGCUUGGGAUAAUUUGUCCCAUUUGGGGGCCAUUCUGGAGCUUUAAACCGAUUGCUUCCUUGUUUUGCCCCCCACUGACACAGAGUUUGGGAGAUAUCAAGCGAUCCUGCGAAGGCCAGGAUCGUUUGUGCUUGCCCGCCACGACGAUAUACUUGGUUUCAAUUGCAGGUCUGAGUUGGGGCCCAACCCAGACCUGGGGCACUGGCGGCUUCUGCAUUCCUUGAGGGUGUGUAAUGCCUGG